AUGAAAGUAAAGAUAUGCAUUCCAAAUCUCAUUUUAUCGUAUGGCGUCCUAUGGGUUCAGUUGGCAAGUAAUGAAGUGCCACUAUGGCUAGGUCUGGCUGCGCCAUCCUCAUUUCUAUUUGUGUAUGGUUUGACACAAUGUUGGUUCAGAGAGGCUGCGGAUUCUUGGGGUGGACCAAUGGGUUAUCGAGUGAUGGCUGCCAUCGGACUAUUUAUAAUUGUCAUAAGUUUGAUUAUUUGUGCCUUCAUUCCUCUAUACUUUCAACCGGUCGUUUAUGGAAUAUUUGGAGGUUUUGGAGCGUCUUUGAUUUCCACUCAAGUUGAUGCAGUUUUGUACGAGACUUACGACUCUCGUCUAGGACUCGUAAGGGGCAUGUGUUAUACUGGGCAGGCUGUUGGACAGUCACUUUUCCCCCAUAUUUUGUUUGUUCUCACAAACAUAUAUGGCUAUGCCUAUUCUUAUAUUAUACUUGGAGGUAUCAUGCUGCAAACUCUGCCCGCUAUCUUGAUACUGAAGGUAGAUGAAACAAAAAAAUACGCCUAUUUUUCUAAUGAUAAAGAGUUGUCACAGACUUUAACAUGUUAUAAAAAUGAAGGUAUUGAUAAUUUGUUCGGCACUGAACUGCAACUGCAUAGCUUAACAAAGAAAUGCUGGAAAAGUCCAUCAGACGAUAAUUUACAUCGGGUAGAUGAGUUUGAUUGUGAUGACGGUAAUGUUUUGGAAACUAUAACUCCGCCGCCCAGUCCAGAAGAGAAGAGAAGAAAUAUAUUUGGUGUUGAAAUCCUUCCUGAAAUUCCAGAAGAAAGUGAAACUGAUGAAAUAAGCAUCUCAGAACUUAGUUUAAGUGUAAAUAAGAAACGUUUAAGCAACGCUAUAAAAAGAUUUAGUACUUUGGGAGAUAAUAUAGACGAAUGCAUAACAAGCCAAGGGAGGAAAGAUUCUUUAGGAAAUAUUGAAGUAAACGAAAACACUGAAAUAGAAGUGACUUACGAGACAAUAGAACCUAUAACGGAUAUUCAAACGGAGAAGCUCUUUAAUUCAUUUGGAUUUAGAAGUCGAACGACAUAUACUAAUCUGAAAAGAAAAUUCUGGAUACCUUCUUAUAAACUAUACAGAGCUAAACGAAGAGUUACGUACCUGAUAUGCACUAUAAACGAUACAUUUUUGAAACCCCUUACUAGAUCGUUAUCUUGCGGAGCAUUUUAUCCAGCCUUAUUACUUAAUUUCACCAAAUUGAGUGUAACUGUUCAAACAGUGCUUAUGCCAGUGAUUGCAUCACGAAUGCAUCCAAAUAUACCAGUACUUGAGGCAAAUUUUCUCAUUUCAUUACAAGGCUUUACUUGGAUAUGUUUCGCAGUAUGUACACCGUGGUUAGUUCAGACAAAGAGGAGCAAUUACAAAUAUAUAACAGUCUGUGGUCUAGUCAUAUCAACAAGUGCUUGUUUCGUUUUCUUGCGAGCUGAAAACCUGGACCUUUUCUCCAUUGGUUAUGUGGUAGCUGGCUUCGGAUAUGGAAUUAUAAUAUCAAGUUGGGAGAAAACAGCGCACGAACUCGUCGGAACUCGGAAAUGGGCAAAAAUUCAUAGUACUUUAGAAACUCUAUCUGCUUCUCUGAUAGCUCUAUUUUGUGUAGGGCUCUUUUAUUUAAUUUUAAUGCUGCCGUGCGUAACGUGUUCAAAUAUUGACUGCAAUGGAAAAGCUUUUCACUGCGUGAAUUCGACACAUUUCAAGAUAUGCGUUGAUUUUGGUGGCGGAAUAUCGACGACUGUGGACGAAUAUUUAAUUCAAUGUCCACAAGAUACAGUGUGCAAAUCAUAUAAUUUAUAUGAAUGUGAGUAUGAGAAAACGACCACUUCCCCAACAGUGACAGUACAAAGUGAAGUGACGAACGAACUUUUUGAAAGUAUUGGUGUGUCCUUUGGGGAAUAUUCGGAUGUAACAACAGUAUUCCCUUCGAAACAGGAGCAAGGUAAAACAUUGAAUAAAAAUUACGGAAACACAGACACCACAUCUGAAAGGCCUAUAUCUACUUUACCAAGUAAUUAUGUAUUAAAUAAUGUGACUGACGCCAACUUAAAUGACUUAAAUUAUAAUACUACUCUUAAGAGUUUGCAGGAAUUAUUCAUUGAAAAAAAUAUUGUUUCGCCAAAAAAUAGUAAAACAUUGCCUCAAAACAUAAUUCAAUCAGUGACGGAAAAUUAUAAUGAUACGAGUAAUAGUACUGAGACUCCAUUAUUUUAUUCGACCUUACUAGAUAGAGUUUUAAAUGAUAACUUAAUAAAUAAAAAAUUAACAUCGCUAUCACAACAACCAGCUACUUCGAGUGUUUCACUAGAUCUCAAUAUUGGUCUGAAUCAAGACGUAAAUAACUUGAAAAGAACUGACUUAAAUAAUGUGGCCAAGCUUCCGCUUAAGAAUAGUGUUCCAGACACAACUCACAUAGUAGACGAUAAUAACUUCCCAAAUAAAGUUACCGCUCUUAAUGAUCUUAAUUUUGUGACGACGUAUAAUAAUUCUCAAUACAAUAAAUCAGAUUUUGUUACAAAUAGUUACCAGUUAGAAUUUUCUACGAUUGGACCUUCAUCAAUUAGUAGUUCUGUCAAUGUUAGCUCAGAACUAAAUUCAUUCUUUAUAAAAACAACUGAAACCUAUUAUACAGAUGAAGCAUUACAAAUAAAUAUUAAUAAGGCUAAGAAUAUGGACCCUCUUCAGAAGUUAAAGGAAGAAACCUUUACUACAACGCCUAUUGAAGACACAACUGAUAAUUUUCUUUCAACCAUGUACGAGUAUAGUAACACAGAAGUUGAUAUUGGAAAACUAAAAUAUACUUAUCCCAAUUUAGAGGAUAGUGAAUUAUUCAAAUUCAACGACAAGCAUAUUGAAAUAUCAACGCCUAGUUUACCAACGUCUGGGAAUAUAAAUAAUAUAACUAGCCAAAGGAAUAUUGUUUUAGAUAACGGUGUAGAUAGUGAUACGAAAAUUGAUUUAUUCUUAGAUAAACAAAACUUCACACACAUUGAUAAAGAACAAACACAUGACAAGGAUAUAUUAAAUUUAAAAAAUUCUACCCAUUCUUUGACACCAUUAGCUUUUUUAAAUGAUACGAAAUAUACAACUUCAGUGGAUACCCAUUUCCUUGAUUACGAAGUUAUGUCGCCUACAGAAGGUGUGACUUUAAGUACAGAAGUGAAUAAUGAAUCCCGAACUUUAUUGUUUAAUGGCUUAGAAAACCUUUACGAAACCAAAAGAUCAGAUAAUGCUUCGUCGUCGUCGUUGUUCCCGAAUAUUACAGUUACAACAGAAACAAUAUCAUAUCGGACGACCAAAGAUGAAAUUUCUAUUACUACUUUGGAUCACUUAGCUAAAGAAACGUCUCCAAAAUUGGAAUCCUAUUCUAAUCCCACAUUGAUUUUGAAUACUACAACCUUUGAUGAAUCUCACGUAUAUGUGACGAUACCGGGUGAAAAAACAACACCGGGGACAACACUAGAUGUGAUCAACGAAAUACGACCAAUUAUUUUGCGUGAUUCCGAAGCAUUAAUGGAAGGAAAUACUUCAAAAGGCUUGACUAACGUGUCCACAGAAUCUAUACAUUAUAAUAAAAUGGAUGUUGAAAAUCAUACUUCUAUGGACAUUCAUUCAAUACCGACUUCGACACCGGUAGAUGUGAUCAACGAAAUACGACCGAUUGCUUUGAGUGAUUCCGACAUAUUAUUUCAUGGAAACAUUUCAAAAAGCUCUACUAACAUGUCCACAGAAUCUAUACCUUAUAAUAAAAUGGAAGUUAAAAAUCAUUCUUCUAUGGACAUUCAUUCAACACCGGCUUCGACAGCACUAGAUGUGAUCAACGAAAUACGACCUAUUAUUUUGGGUGAUUCCGACGUAUUAUUUCAAGGAAAUAUUUCACAAAGCUUGACUGACGUGUCCACAGAAUCUAUACCUUAUAAUAAAAUGGAAGUUGAAAAUCAUUCUUCUAUGGACAUUCAUUCAACACCGGCUUCGACAACACUAGAUGUGAUCAACGAAAUACGACCUAUUAUUUUGGGUGAUUCCGACAUAUUAUUUCAAGGAAAUAUUUCACAAAGCUUGACUGACGUGUCCACAGAAUCUAUACCUUAUAAUAAAAUGGAAGUUGAAAAUCAUACUUCUAUGGACAUUCAUUCAACACCGGCUUCGACAACACUAGAUGUGAUCAACGAAAUACGACCUAUUAUUUUGGGUGAUUCCGACAUAUUAUUUCAAGGAAAUAUUUCACAAAGCUUGACUGACGUGUCCACAGAAUCUAUACCUUAUAAUAAAAUGGAACUUAAAAAUCAUACUUCUAUGGACAUUCAUUCAACGCCGGCUUCGACAACUGUAGAUGUGAUCAACGAAAUACGACCGAUUAUUUUGGAUGAUUCCAACGUAUUAAUAGAAGGAAAUACUUCAAAAAGCUUGACUAACUUAUCCACAGAAUUUAUACCUUACAAUAAAAUGGAAGUUGAAAAUCAUACCUCUAUUAACAUUCAUUCAACACCGGCUUCGACAACGGUAGAUGUGAUCAACGAAAUACGACCGAUUAUUUUGGGUGAUUCCGAAGCAUUAAUGGAAGGAAUUACUUCAAAAAGCUUGACUAAAUUAUCCACAGGAUCUAUACCUUACAAUAAAAUGGAAGUUGAAAAUCAUACCUCUGUUAACAUUCAUUCAACACCGGCUUCGACAACGGUAGAUGUGAUCAACGAAAUACGACCGAUUAUUUUGGGUGAUUCCGAAGCAUUAAUGGAAGGAAUUACUUCAAAAAGCUUGACUAAAUUAUCCACAGAAUUUAUACGUUACAAUAAAAUGGAAGUUGAAAAUCAUACCUCUGUUGACAUUCAUUCAACACCGGCUUCGACAACUGUAGAUGUGAUCAACGAAAUACGACCUAUUAUUUUGGGUGAUUCAGACAUAUUAUUUCAUGGAAACAUUUCAAAAAGCUCGACUAACGUGUCCGCAGAAUUUAUACCUUAUAAUAAAAUGGCAGUUGAAAAUCAUACUUCUAUGGACAUUCAUUCAACGCCGGCUUCGACAACGGUAGAUGUGAUCAACGAAAUACGAACCAUUACAUUGAGUGAUUCCCACGCAUUAAUGGAAGGAAACACUUCUAAAAGCUUGACUAACGUGUCCACAGAAUUUAUACCUUACAAUAAAAUGGAAGUUGAAAAUCAUACUUCUAUGGACAUUUAUUCAAUACCGGCUUCGACAACUGUAGAUGUGAACAACGAAAUACGACCGAUUAUUUUGGGUGAUUCCGAGGCAUUAAUUCAAGGAAACACUUCAAAAAAGUUUACUCAUGUGACUAAAAAAUCUGGACCUUAUAAUAAAAUAGAAGUUGAAAAACAAAUUUCUACUAAAACACCUAUACUGUCCCAAUCUUUAGUAGCAGACGCAGAUGAACCUUAUUCUGAUUCAAAUAUUUUAGAUUUCCCGGUGAAACUGGAAAGUCAAAAAGGCAGUAUGAGUUCUAGUUCAUCCUUUGUUACUUUAGCAUCGACUAACUUUUUCAUUUACAAUACUCUGUCUAAUGAGUCGGCUCUGUACCCACCAGUGUCAGAAAAUGAACAUACAGUUUUGCCUGUUGUUAAUACGAAACGACCAACGACAAACCAGAACGGUUUAAAAUUAAAAGUGGUAGAAUCCAGUAUAAUAGAAAAAAGAGAUAAAAACGAAACUAAGUUGAUAAGAGACAAUUUACCGUUUGUAAAUAGAGAUAAAAUGACAACCAGUUUGACUGAAAACACUUUAAGUAUUAAAUCGUCAGUUAAUGUAAUGAAUUUAAAAUCUACACAAGAUUUUAAGUUGGCAACCCAUAAAAGAGAGACAGCAGUUGAUGAAUUAUUAUCUAUAACUACUCCAGUAGCUGUUCAACAACAUGUAUCAAAAUUUAAUACAGAUGUAUUAAGCGUACCAAAAGCUUUUCAAGUGAAGGGAUCCAGAUUUCCUUCCCCUUUGAGUUAUUCAGAAAAGAACAAUACUUCAGAUAAUGCCACUUUUUCAACAAAUUUGGAGAAACCAAUAUAUUUGUCAGACGUAAACACAAGCUCGGAUGCUUCUGACUUAAAUGGGUCAUUUGAUGUUAUUUCGACAUACCUAAACAAUGACAUUGUAAGAAGUAUUGGUGCCGACAAAUUUAUACAUAAUAAAAACCAAAAUAUUAUUAAAAAUUCAACUGAAAUUUACGAUUCUUUUAAUGUAUUAGAUUGGUCUGAUACAAAAACUGAAAUUAUUAACACCACUAUGGGCCAAAAUUUUUCCGAAACAAGUCCAUCGAUGAAUUCUUUUAAUUUGUACAGUGAUAGAUUUCUCGAUAUAAAUAUUAAAGAUUCAAAUGAGAUUAAAUCCAGUGCUAUUAAUUUAGAUAUAACAACAGAAUAUAGAAUAACGUUUGAUAAUAAUGAGAACCAAAAUGUGACUCAAUAUAAAAAAGAUGCUAUGGUAACCAUUGAUUCGUUAACUCAUAUUAAUUCAAACGUUUCUGCCGUGGAUAAUGUUUUAAUGGCUACAACUAAGACGAGCUCAUUCGAUAAUAUAUAUAAGGUAGUAAAUUUUACAAAGCCGAUUAAAGAAACCAAACUAGUAAUAAAACUACCAAUGUCUAAUAAUGAUAAAAAUUUCGAAGGACAGAAUAUAACUGAGAGUAAUGUAGAAGAAAAAAAAAUUCAAGUAGAAACUAUCUCUUAUUGGAAGAACAACGGUACCGAAAAAAAUAUAUUAACAUCAGUUACUUUUAAUUACCAAAGUGCUUCUUUAAAUUAUUUUACGAACGUCAACGAUUCUGAUCAACGUGUUAUUACAGAAAAAAAUCAUGUAGCCACAGUGGCUAAUGACUAUGAUGUCACAGAGAAAUACCAUGAAAAUGAAUAUAAUAUAGCAAGAUCCGCAAAUGGGCAGCUUCUAACCCAGGUAGAAGGCGUUAAUGUUGAAUAUUCAAACAAAACUGUCAAUAUAUCGCUGAACUCAAACACUACUAUAGCAAUUGAAGAAAAACAUUUUCUGUAUUACUCACUUGAUUCCCCAACAAUUGAAAGUAAUAAUAAAAUGUUCGAUACUAAUCAAACAAAUAAACUGGGUGGCUUGAAUAAUGUUAUAUAUGAUACAAUACAAAAUAAAUCAAUACUCGCUGAUGUUAUUGAUCGCAACGAAAUUGUAAAUCAAUCGCGCGCAGUUCAUACUAAUAAUUCGGUAGAAAGUUAUUUUAAAUCAUUGUCAAAAAUGCAAAUAUCUUUACCAACGAUAAAUGGAACAUAUAAGUUACUAAGUAAUAAUGAAACAACUGACAAGGAUGCAUUAAAGGCCAGCUAUUAUGAUAAUUUAAAAAAUAAUGACAAUAAAUUACUACAUUCGUCUGUGUCUAAAACAAGUUUAAGCAACGAUAUGACAGAUGUACUAUCUACACCAAUCAAUGAAUUAUCCGAAAAAACAUUUGUAGAAACUCAAACUAUAAGACCGUCCCUUCCCUAUGCUGAAUCUACGUUAAAUUAUUUGAAUACUGAGAAAUUAUCGACAGAAUCAACAAGAUUAUUUUUUGAAGUUACCUCAACAGGAACAUCAAAAACAGAGAAUAAAGUAUUAAAUCCUCAAUUAAUACACAGAGAGUUAACCGAUUCUUUGGUUACAACUAAUGUAUACAACAGCGCAAGUACCCAGCCAACAAUUAAUAAAGUUACUGAAAUUAUUAACGAAAAUAAAACAAACAUUUACUCAAAAUCAACUGUUAGAAUAAGACAACCUAAUGAUUAUACUGGCGUAAUAAAAAUUGAAUCCGAGUUUGUAUGUGUCAAACGUGGAAAGUACUCUGAUCGCUUUGAUUGUAAUAAAUUUUAUUUAUGCAUUGGACUUCAUAAACCUCUUAGAGGUGUUUGUCCUCCUAAUACAGUAUUCAGUGAAUUUUUGAAACAAUGCACUAAAAAUGUUGCACAUUGCAUAAGAAAUAAUCAGUUUAAAUGUACGACUACCGGUAGGUUUAAUAAUAUAUUAUCGAACAACAGUUACUUUAUUUGUGUUAAGAAGAAUAUUGGGUUCAUAAGAUUUACAUUACAGUGUCAAAAAGGUUACUAUUUAGAUAAAAGAAAUACAAAAUGUACCCAGGAAUCACUUAGCAUGUCUAAAUCUGAAGAAAAUAAUUCGAAAAAUACAAGCCAAGUAUCUGUCGAAAAGUCCAAAGAAGGAUUUGAUAAAAAAGGUUAUUUCGAAUGUGAAAGAGAAGGUAAAUUUAAUGAUCCAGAGAAUUGUAGGAGAUAUUAUGUAUGUAAAAAAUCUAAAAACUCAACAUUUAGGCGAAAGGUAAAAGAAUGUGACUCCGAUGAAGUGUUUCAUAAAAAGAAAAGGAAAUGUGUAGAUGAAGAAAGCUAUGAAUGCAAAAUAUAA